UCUUGCAUAAUAAAAUGAGCGGCUAUCUUCAUCAUUUUCCUCUCCAUCUCCAUCGGCGUCGAUGAAAUGAACCGUCUUUUCUAGGGUUUUCUAGGGUUUCCAUUUUCCAUUCAUCACCGAGUGACUCGAAUUAUCCACCGCUCCCUCUCCGCAUCUUCAUGGAAGAUUGGCAGGAGCUCGGCCAGGCCGUCUUGAUCGGCCUCAUCUUCGCUUUCCUCGUCGCCAAGCUCAUCUCCACCAUCGUCUCCUUUCGCGGAAAUCACCUCCGCAUCACCCGUGAAGAUGAUAUCCAAGAAGAAGCGGAUGCUUCGGGGGAUGGCGAUUCUGGGGUGGUUAAAGAGGAUGUUGGGGUUUCAGAGGAUGAGAGUGAUGAGGGCUGGGAGGGGAUUGAGAGCACCGAGCUCGAUGAGGCAUUCAGUGCGGCCACCGCGUUUGUGGCUGCGACGGCUGCUGAUCGGAUGGCCCCUAAGGUGUCCAGCGAUUUGCAGCUGGAGCUAUAUGGGCUUUAUAAGAUCGCCACUGAGGGGCCUUGCACUACCCCCCAGCCUUCGGCGUUCAAGGCUACUGCUCGAGCCAAGUGGAAUGCAUGGCAGAAAUUGGGUGCUAUGCCUCCUGAAGAAGCUAUGCAAAAAUACAUUAUGAUUGUGACUGAGCUAUACCCCAAUUGGGCUGGAGAUUCUAAUAUUAAAGAUAAAGAUGAAAGCACGCCUGUUUCUGUUUCAAAAUCUUCUGAUAAAUCAAGCAUGGGCCCAGUUUUUAGCAGUUUUGUUCAUGAGGAAGAGUCAGAUGAUGCUUUAAAGUUAGAGCCCAUACAUGUUUCUGCUAGAGAAGGGAAAACUCAAGAGUUGCUCUCCUAUAUUGAGAAUGGAAUUUCAGUUAAUAUGAGAGACAGUGAAGGCAGGACACCUUUACAUUGGGCUGUUGAUCGUGGCCAUUUUGAUGCUGUGGAGACUCUUAUUUGCAAAAAUGCUGAUGUAAAUGCGAAGGAUGAUGAAGGUCAGACUCCCCUUCAUUACGCCGUUGUUUGCGAGAGAGAAGCCAUUGCCGAAUUACUUGUCAAACACAAGGCGGACAUAAACAUCAGAGACCUGGAUGAUAACUCUCCCAGGGACAUCUGCAGUUUUCCAUGGCCUUUCAUGAACCUGCCAAUUUGACCACUCUGCAAUACUGCUACAGUAAGAAACACGCAACUUCAACUCAGGCCCAGGGGGUUUUAGUUUGUGCUUUUAGUUGUUUUAUAUGAUGCAUUGAGUGCUGUACCCAAAUAAAAGUGAAAGUUCGAGCAUGGAAAGUAAUGCCUGUAGUAAAACCUUCACUAAGUUAGCUGCAUCUACUAACCCCAACUUCUCAAAGGGCGGGCACAGCCGCCUAAUUCUUCUUACCCACCUGUUAAAAUGGUGAUGGGAUCUGACUCAUCUCUAGUACAUCAGGUUCUUGUUGUUAAUUUAUUUUAUGUUACUUGUCAGAAAAAUUCCUUUGGGUCUAAUUUGAUGGACUGAAUUGCUUGUUA